AUGUCUUGGAGCAGCGGCACCUCCUUCGACCCGCCCGGCGCCGCCGCCGCCGCCCUGCACUCGCCCGCCCAGGCCUCCCUCAAUGGCGCCGCCAGCCCCGACGACGAGGCCUCCGGGCGCAAGCGCAAGCGCGCCUCCAUCGGCACGCCGAAUGGCGAGGACUCGCCCGCCAGCAAGGCGCGGCAUCAGCCCGGGGUGAAGAGGGCGUGUAAUGAUUGUCGGCAGCAGAAGUUGCGAUGCAAUGUCGACCCCGGCCCGCCAUAUAAGCCUUGCUCGCGAUGCGUCAAGCAUGGCCUCGACUGCUCCAUCGACAGCGACUUCAAGCGGCUGGGCAAGCGCGCACAGCACGAAGAGAUGGUGCGGGAGUUGGACCUGGUCAAAGAUCGGCUGGCGCGAUACGAGGCGCUGGGCAUGUUCCUGCCCAACGAUGGCAAGACGGGCUCCAACUACAGCGGGUCGUAUGCGACGUCUCCCGUCGUGGGGCAUGCGCCCGUCGCGCAGAUGGCCGGGCCGCCGCCGUUGCUCGGUCCUAGUGAGGCCGCUGCUUCACGCAGUCUGCUCGACUUGAGUCAGGGCUUUCGCGAGAUGCCACCUACCUCCUACCCUUCCAUCACUGCUGGGACGUCGACGAGGACGCUGGGUCCGGUGACGCUUACGGAUGAGCAAGUGAGCGAGCUGUUCAGCAUCUUCUUCAAUGCUUAUCAUCAAUUUAUCCCGAUCUUGAGCCCGGAGACCCCGUACAGCGAGUACUACAAGCAGCAUCCGCUCCUACACUGGACCAUCCUUGCAAUCGCGUCGCGGAGGUACGAUACCAAGCCGGGCUUGCUGAUGGAACUGCAGCGGCCUCUUGAAGAGAUGCUUUGGACAACGAUAUCCGGCAUUCCGCAAACGUACCACGUUGUCAAGGCCAUUGCACUCCUAUGCACCUGGCCCUUGCCGAACUCGUCGACCUCGGGAGAGCCGACAAUGAUGCUCGUGGGCGUCAUGUUCCAGCUUGCGAUGCAGCACGGAUUACAUCGACCCAGCCACGCAAACGACUUUAGCCGCUUCAAAGUCGAGCUUCGGGAUGAGGAAGUCACGGAUCGACUGCACACUUGGGCCACGGUCAACAUCGUCGCGCAGAAUGUAGCUACUGGUCAAGGACAGCCGCCGCUGUCUCGUUGGGCCUGGUACACGUACGGCCUGCAUCUGGAUCAGAUGAAGAGCGAAUUGCACACUCGCUGCCAGGUGGAGAAGUUUUGCGAUACCGUCACGCGGACCUUGUACACCAUGCAGCGUGACCAUAUUGUCGAGGUCGACCAAGCGCAGCGUGGUCUACAGAUUGACAUGUACUCUCGAGAACUCGGAGAGCUGGAAGUGACGAUACUUUCCACUCGUUCUACUCCCGUUGAUAUUCUGUACCUCAAAGCCGCCGCCCUGCACUUACGACUGAGCGCCUUCUUCGACAAGCCCUCGCAUUCCAACUAUCUGGUCGAUCUGCGCAAUGUAUACAUCGCCGCCUCCAGCUUGCUCUCCUGCGUGCUGGACUCACCUCCCAACAUCUUCAUGUACAUACCCCGCUACCUGGAGCAAAUGAUGCUCGCCGGCGCGACGACACUGCUCAAACUCCUCAACUCCUUCUACGCCGCCCACGUCGACAUCCCCUCCGGCCGCACCCUCUUCUCCCGCACCGUCGCCGGCCUCCGCAAACUCAGCGUCCGAAGCAACGACCUCCCCCAACGACUGGCAGAAGUGAUGGCCCAACUAUGGCAGACAAGCGGCGCAAGCGAGCAACGCCUCUUCUCCUCCGACAGCGCCGCUUCCAAACAACCCGACGAAAGCCUCCAGCUGCGCGUCCGCUGCCGCUGCUCCCUCUCCGUCCUCUACGACGCCAUCUGGCGCUGGCGCCAACAAGCAGGCCAAGCCGGGCGCGAAAACCUCGACCACGUCGCCGAGAACCCCACGCGCGUCGGCGGCGGCGACACGAACGCGCGCAACACGCCGCAGCCCCCCGGGAAUUUACACGGUGGCGGCACGGGUCUCGGCGCCGGAGGCAUUGUGUCGACGUUUGGGGAUGGGUCGGGGCUCGACGAUCCCAUGGGGUGGGACAAUACGUUUGGCGCGAAUGCGGUUUUCGAUCCGCUUAGUUGGGCGCUGGAUGGGAAUUUGCAGCUGCAGUUGCCGUCGCUUGGGGGGAUGGAUGGGUUGACGUUUCAGCCUUGA